AUGAUUAAGCGUAAUCUUAAAUGGAAAAUUAAUUCCUAAAGAGACAGUAGUAAAAACAAACCAAAAUCAAUUAGUAUUGAAUCUUCCCCUCGAAAUCCAAUAUACCUAAUUCGGAGGGAAGACAAAUCUAAAAAUUCACGAUUAAAAAGUAAUUUGACAACUUAUACUAAAUAUGUCCUUCAUUCUAAUUUUAUCAGCCCAGCAAGUUCUCCAAACACAUCCAAAAUCAUUAGAUCAGAUGAAUAACGGAUAGGUUAACCAAAAAAUAAUUAUAAUUAAGAGAGGAAACAUUCAUUGAGCACACUUUCAACAGAAAAUCGGAGUUUUAAAAAUAAAUUCACUACAAAUAAUCACCAAUUUUAAACAGAAUCUGUAUAAUUCUUAACCCACCAAUUCACAGAAUAAAAUCAGGAUAUCCCUGUUGAUAACUAAAUCAUAUAAUAAAAUAUAGAUAUUGAUAUUGAAUGCUCUCAUCUUGAUAUUUAACAAAAGAGAAUUUCGUAAAGUUGUUUGUUUGAUGAUAGGAAGAAGAAAUAAUUAAAAUAAAAGAUGCAAAAUUUUGAAUUCAAAGACCAUAGAAAAGCUAAUUCAUAAAUUGAUUAAGUCAUUAAAUUAGUAAGAACAAUAAAAUAACCAUCAUAUCGAUAUGAAGCAUAAUAGAGAUCAUCUAGAAUAUGGUUGGAGAAUAUGUGCUUUCAACCAGUAGAAUUAAAAUAAUACUACACAGAUACUUAAAAUUAAUUUAAGUUUUAUUUUAGUCAGUAUUUUGAUAAACAUUUGAAAUUGUAUAGAAUAAUCGAGAUUAAUAAUUAGCUUUUAAAAGUAAUGAAUAACAAUCAAUAAAUUAUCUAAGAUAUUUAGGAAUAGAGAAAAGCUUUCUUUCGAACCAAAAUUUAUAAUGAUACCAAUAUUGAUCAUUUUAAGACUGAAAACUUGUUCAGAUUUUACCAUGAUAUACAAACAUAUGGAAUGUAUAAUAUAUAUUUAAUAUUAGCUAGGAUAAACUUCUUAAAUGAGGAUUCUCAAUUAAGUAUUACAUCAAAUCACAAUAACUCAUAAAUAAAUUAAAUAUAAGAAAUUAAGGAUGAUUAAUCAGAGUAAUUAGAUUAAACAUAAAAAUAAUUAAUUUCAAAAAAAGUAAUUUCCAUUUCUCCAAAAUUUAAUAUAAGUUUAAAAAUUCAUUAGUUUAAACUCACUUUAAUAAUUUCAGAAUUGGAUCUAAAAUCCAAAAACAACCUAUUAUCAGUUGAUUACACAACUAUGGAUUAAUAAAUAUAUAUGGAUAACAUUAAUCAAAUUGUACCAACAUUUCAAGAAGAAUUUACAAAUCCAAUAUUUUUUAAAGUUUAUUCACAAUAUUACAAUCAAGUUUAUAAAGAUAUAUUAAAUGGUAAUUUUUGCAAUACCAACCCUAUUGAUGAUUUGGAAUUUGAAGCUCCAAAUCUUGAAACAAUUGAAAAUGGAAGUAAUGACAAAAUAAACGGAAUUGAUAAGAGAAAAAUUCUUAUUUCUUUAAAAAAGCAAAAGAAUUGGUAAAGUGGAACUUUUUAAAAAUAAAAUCAACUAAUUGAUGGAUUACUUUCACAAAGAGCUAGCAUAUAAGUGUUUCCCAAUAGGCACGGUCAAGAAAGUGCUGCUGGAUCACCUGAACUCCCAUAAAUAAACAUUUUAUAGAAUUUAAAAUAAUUUCCCAGAAGAAAAAGUUUUAGUAGGCCGAUUCAUUCUAAAAAUUUUGGAGAUAAUAUCUUAUCAAUUUAAAAAUUAGAUUCUUAUUUUAAGAAUCAAAAUGAUACAUCUUAGGAUUCAGUAAGUGAAAUUAAUAAAAUAACAAUAUCUAAAUCUCAACAAUAGUUCACUAAAUAAAUAUAAGACUAUAAUUUAGUAUAAUAAAAAACCAUGAAGAAAUAAGAGUCAGGUAAAGAUCUUUCUAUGGUAUCAUCUAUUAAAUUCGAUUCUAUUCAAUAAGAUUCAAUUUCAGAUUCAAAUAAGUCGAAUAAGCAAUAAAUAAAUUUAUAAAAUGUAAAUGUUAAUUUAAAACCAAGAAAAAUGCAAAUCCUUAGAGUGUUAAAUUAGAAACCCUGUUACUGUAUGAUUAGAUGAUAAAAACAAACAGAUCUAAAAAAAAGAUUGUAACAAAUUUAAUUGAGCACGGACUAUUAGAUUAAUUUUAGGAGUUCAUGGAUGUUCAUAGAAAUUUCAAUUUAAAUGGUCUUACAGAAGAUGGAACUCCAUUUAUUUCCCUUGCAGCUGCAAAUGGAAAUAAAGGUAUUGUUAAACAUAUGCUAAAUUUUAAUGUUAACAUAAAUUAAAUUGAUGUAAGAUCGAAUGCCUUAUAAUUUUAGAAACAUUGCAAUACUCCACUCCAAUAUGCUAUGCUCCAUAACAAUUUUGAUGUAGCUGAUCUUCUCUUACAACAUGGGGCCAACCCUUCUAUGAAACUUUGA